AUGUUUAGUUAACUUGUGCUUUGUGGAUUGUGAAUGGAAAAGAGUAAACCAAACCCGAAUCUGAUAUGAGAUGGGCAUUCGAGAACUAUGGUGCGGAUUGCUGUUGGCUGUCCUAAUAAGUCCCUCGGGAAGCGACUGGUUAAGCUGCGGCCAUAUCUCCACGUGCCACUGCAAAUGGUCUUCCGGCAAGAAAACAGCGUCAUGCGUCUCAGCCGGUCUGACACAAUUACCCCAUUUGGCAACCGAAAUACAAGUAUUGGACUUACACGAAAACCCCUUGAACGAACUUCAACACGACGCUUUUGCGAGCAUAGAACUAUUAAAUUUACAACGCCUCAACCUCAGCUCAACAAGUCUACGCUACCUGCAUCAAAAUGCCUUCAGAGAACUGCGCAUUUUAAUAGAAUUAGAUCUCUCAAGGAAUUACCUCACCGAACUUUCACCUGACACGUUCAAAGGCAACGAACGUUUGAGACUUCUAGUCCUUAACGACAACCCGUUAAGUAAAUUAGUUGCAAAGCAAUUCCCGCCCCUACUACAUUUAAAGAAACUAGAACUUUCGAGAUGUCGGCUCCGCAAAGUUCACCCGUUUGCCUUUGUGAAUCUGCGGGCCUUAGAAACUAUACACGUACAUCAAAACUUGCUGUCAUAUCUACACCAAGAUACAUUCAACUUGCCCGCGCUUAAAUCUUUAACACUUUCAGACAAUCCGUGGCUCUGCGAUUGUAAAUUGAAGGAAUUCCACGAGUGGUUCCUUCGCAGCAAUCUUGGAAAUGAAGAAGUGUUUUGCGCGAGUCCAGAAAACAAAGCACAUGUCCUAUGGUUAGAUAUGAAAGGGGAAGAUAUGGUUUGCCCUCCAUCGACUAUAACGAAUCCAUCCGUAAUACGUACUGAAUCUGGAGCAGAUAUCUCUUUUGGAUGUUUCGUUAGAGGCGAUCCGAAGCCAACGGUGACGUGGUCUUUUCGACACACAAAAGUUACGAAUAAGACUAUUAGUGGUAGUGAAGUUGUAAUCUUUAAGUAUUCUGUAAGGCAUUCGAAUGAAUAUGGUGAUGAAAUGGUUAAUAAUAGUGCACAAUGGUUUAAUGUGUCUAUAACAAAUGUUACUAGUGAUUUAGCUGGAGAGUGGAGAUGUAGUGCCAAAAGUCCUGCUGGUGAAGCUAUUGCUUAUCUUACACUUUUCUUACCUAAAGCGCGGACUGCAACUGCCAGAAGUGCUCCAGAUUAUUCAAAAUUCUUCAUAGCACUUGGCUCAGUAGUAGCUAUGGCUGGUGCAGGAUUUGUAGCGGCUUGCUUCUGUUGGAAAAUACGUCGUCGGAGAGUACCUCCGAGUAGAAGUUUUACUGACCAAGAAAAAAAAUUGUUAGAUACAUCUUUGGCUGUCAGUUGCGACAGAACAAGUGUAGAAAUGGGUUCGUCUUAUGGUUUUGAAAUGUUUGACAGAUCAAUGUCUAUGGAAAGCGAGGAUACACAACGGUGCUUAGAACCAGUCCAGAUAACAAUAGAAGGCCCUUCUGGAUCGUUCCCGCCUCCACCAGCUGAGUUCGCGAUUCCUGCACCGUAUGGAAAUAUUUUUAUAUCAGUUCAUGUAACCGGUCAUAACGAGGAAUACCCUGAUUUAUUGAGUGGGGGAUCAACUUUGCCUAGACGAAGCAGAACAUGUUUUUUAAAGUCUACGUACGAUAAUAUGGGACCGCGAGUGACCGCUGCUGGUAGCUCGACCUGGUCAUUACCGGGCGCUAAGGCAGAUGGAAAAACCAAUAAGGAACCUUCCUCUAAUAUGCCAUUGUCAACAUUUUCUACAGAAUUUACUGCUCUUUGA